AUGGGUGUCGGUGUGCGCGCGCAGCUCGGGGCUGUGCUCGUGCUGACGCUGACGGCGUGGCUGGCGGACGCGGUUCCCACAGCUAACAGCAACCGGCCGGACAUUCUGCCGACGGACUGCGGCCGCCGCCUUGUGCGGCCAGACGAAGCGCGCCGACCGUUCAUAGUCGGGCCGGGCAACACCACCGCCUAUUAUGGUAAAUAUCCGUGGCAGGCGCGGCUGGUCAUGUACGAUGCCAAUGUGAAGGGCUAUGUACAUCACUGCGGAGGCAUCAUUGUCUCGCAGGAACACGUGGUGACGGCCGCCCACUGCGUGAUUGAGGUGGCCCCACGUCGGCUGCUGGUGCGUGUCGGAGACCUCCGAUUUGACGACCGCGAGCUGUUCGAGCAGGAGUUCGCCGUCGCCAGCUACCACGUGCACAGCCGGUUCGGCACGGCUGCUGGCUUGCGGCACGACGUGGCCCUGCUGCGGCUACGUCGCCGCGUCGGACCCGGCAUCGAGUUCGGCCGCUACGUGCAGCCGGCCUGCCUACCGGCAGCCGGCACCAGAGUGUACCAGGACCGCUUCCUGCCCGGCGCCAUGUUCUGCUCGGGCCCGACGGGUGGCGGUGCCGACAGCUGCGAGGGCGACUCGGGCGGCCCGCUGGAGCCGCGCGGCGCCGGCUGCGGGAAGACCAGCUUUUCGCCACCGGCGCAGCUGGGCGCCUCGUUCGUCAAGAACGCCGCCAACUUUCCCUGGAUGGCGGCAAUCUCCGAAAGGCAAAAGGGCGGCAGAGAUAUAGUGGUCUGCGGGGGCGCCGUGAUCUCUGACCGAUGGGUGUUGACGGGGGGGACCUGCGCUCGCGAUGGCCGCCAGCUGAGUGCGCGGCUGGUCAUGUACGAUGCCAAUGUGAAGGGCUAUGUACAUCACUGCGGAGGCAUCAUUGUCUCGCAGGAACACGUGGUGACGGCCGCCCACUGCGUGGUUGAGGUGGCCCCACGUCGGCUGCUGGUGCGUGUCGGAGACCUCCGAUUUGACGACCGCGAGCUGUUCGAGCAGGAGUUCGCCGUCGCCAGCUACCACGUGCACAGCCGGUUCGGCACGGCUGCUGGCUUGCGGCACGACGUGGCCCUGCUGCGGCUACGUCGCCGCGUCGGAGCCGGCAUCACGCUCGGCCGCUACGUGCAGCCGGCCUGCCUACCGGCAGCCGGCACCAAGUACGAGACGUUUCUGCCGUGCGAGAUGUCCGGCUGGGGCCGCAUUGCGGACCUUGCGCCCAUCUCGGAGGUGCUGCGCGGCGUCUCGGUGCCGCUGGUGUCGGACGCCUUCUGUGGUGCGCCCGAGGUGUACCAGGACCGCUUCCUGCCCGGCGCCAUCGGCCGCUUCGUGGCGUAUGGCGUCGUGUCGUCUGGCGACCCGCUUGGCUGCGGCCGGCGUCCCGGCCUCUACACUAAGCUGUCGGCUUACACUGCCUGGCUGUUGCGCCGCCUAGAGCUGGACCAGGAGGAGGAUGCGGCCCCGAGCACGACAGAGCCGCGCGGCGCCGGCUGCGGGAAGACCAGCUUUUCGCCACCGGCGCAGCUGGGCGCCUCGUUCGUCAAGAACGCCGCCAACUUUCCCUGGAUGGCGGCCAUCUCCGAAAGACAAAAGGGCGGCAGAGAUAUAGUGGUCUGCGGGGGCGCCGUGAUCUCUGACCGAUGGGUGUUGACGGGGGCGACCUGCACUCGUGAUGGCCGCCAGCUGAGUGUGCGCUUCGGCGACCUCGACUUGCAGGACACCUCUGACGACAAUCCUAACGCUCCUCCGUUCGAGCUGGACAUCAUCAAAGUUGCGCGGCAUCCCCAGUUUUCGCCGCCGGAAAAGAGAGCUCAGGACAUUGCCUUGCUGAAGACUGUGUCAAAAAUUUCGUUCUCCAGCACU